CGGAAUGCAGUUUUUGGGGCGCGGCCCUUUAAGACGCGCGGGGGCCGUGGAGGGUCAGCGAAGUGGUGUCGCCUCGCUCUAAUUGAGCCUCGGCCAAUCAACAACAACUCGUUAGCAGUCACCUUCUGCUUCCUCCUCCUGCUCCGGGACACUUUCACCCUCUUUCUCCUCCGCCCACUCCUCCUUUUUUCCCCCCCAAACUGCAAGUCCGCCGCUGCUUGACGAGCAUUUGCAUGGAACUCGGUGGACUAUAGGUGCACUUUUGACGGGGGCGGGGGGGCGAGCGAGCGAGCGAGCGCUGCCGGAGCAUGCGAGCUCAAACGCGGACACCCCUUUAGCACAACUCCCCCGGAACCACUUGUGGACGCUCCACGGUGCCUCGCGAAUGAAAUAGCCAACUUUCUACCCACGCCCCGUUCUUUUUAUUUUCCUCUUCCUACGGGCGAUGACCUCCUCCAGUAAAGACAUGAAGGCGGGCUCCGUGUUGCAGUCCGCCGGCGAGGACAGGAGGCGGCCCCCCUUGGACCAGCUGCCGCCGCCGGCCAACUCCAACAAGCCCUUGACGCCAUUCAGCAUCGAGGACAUUCUCAGCAAGCCAUCGGUCAAAAAAUCCGCCGCUUCCGUCGUAGCGUCGAGCAUGUGUCCGAGUCGGCCGAGGGUUCUGGAGAAGGUGGCCGCCGACCACGCUGCCCGGAACGGCAUCAACACGCCGUCGUCGCCGCUCUGCGCACUGGAGGAGUUGGCCAGCAAGACGUUCAAGGGCCUGGAGGUCAACGUCAUCCAAGCGGCCGAAGGUCGGGAGCACCUGAACACGUUCGGCCAGCGGCAGGCGUCCAAAAAGAGGCGAAAGUCCCGCACGGCCUUCACCAACCAUCAAAUCUACGAGCUGGAGAAGCGCUUCCUGUACCAGAAGUAUUUGUCCCCGGCCGACCGGGACCAGAUCGCCGGCCAGCUGGGCUUGUCUAACGCGCAGGUCAUCACCUGGUUCCAGAACCGGCGCGCCAAGCUUAAGCGCGACUUGGAGGAAAUGAAGGCCGACGUGGAGUCGCUGAAGAAGAUCACGCCGCAGACACUCCACAAGCUCGUCGCCAUGGACAAUGCCGACGAGGCUCCGGGAGAAGGCCGAGGGGGCGCAGGAGGGGAAGCCGUUGAAGGCAGCUCUCCGGGCGGAUCCCCGGCCAGGGGGACCAUCCCCUCGCACCGGAUCUUCCCCCAGUCGCCUUCCUCGUCGCGGGGCCAGACCACCGACGAGUUCUCGGAGGACGACGAGGAGAUCGAAGUGGACGAUUGACAUCCUUCCUUUUUACAAACGAAAGACAUUUAGAAAGUUUUUUUUUUUUAAUUCCCCAAGUUUUGCACGGAUAUUCUCACAAAAGGGGUGUUUUUCCCCUUCUUCUUCUUCCUUUCGAUUUAAUUUAUUAUGGGACUUGUAAAGACUUUGAAGAGGACUUACUCUUUUAAUAAACAUUUUAACAGCUCA